CCUCACUCUCUAAUCAUGCCUGCCGACGCACCCCCCGUUAAAGCGGCCAAGAAGGGCUCAAAGAAAGCCGUCGCUAAGAGCGUCAGCAAGACUGGAAAGAAGAGGAGAAAGUCCAGGAAGGAGAGCUACGCCAUCUACGUCUACAAGGUGAUGAAGCAGGUCCACCCCGACACCGGCAUCUCCUCCAAGGCCAUGGGUAUCAUGAACUGCUUCGUGAGCGACAUCUUUGAGCGCAUCGCCGGUGAGGCCUCUCGCCUGGCUCACUACAACAAGCGCCGCACCAUCACCUCCAGGGAGAUCCAGACCGCUGUCCGCCUGCUGCUGCCCGGAGAGCUGGCUAAACACGCCGUGUCCGAAGGCACCAAGGCCGUGACCAAGUACACCAGCUCCAAGUAAACUCUGCUGCUGAUAUACCAACAACACAAAGGCUCUUUUAAGAGCCACCCACUAAAUCUAUAGACGUGUUCCUCUGAAUAAGUGCACGCACGAUCCAUUUUGGGGAAUCUUCCGCAUGCCUUUUGGCGAACUCCAAACGUGUUUUCUUGUUUUUUUUUCCUGAAGCAAUGGCUUCUUUCUGGCCAAGGGGGUGAAUACUGCGCCCUCUUUGCAUUUGGCUCUACUGUAGACCUGAAAGUGAAUCUACCUCUUAUGAUAUACCAACACCCACUGCAUCUGAACACCUCUUACAAACAUUUCCUAUUGAGAAAUGUCCCUAUAUGAUUAAUGAAAUUGGCUUAUUUUUCAAUCUCAUAAAUGACACAAAUCAUGAAUAUGUUUUGUUUUUAUGCUUCUGUCAGAAGUAUAAACUGGAUAAAUAAAUACUUUUUUAAUCGGAAUCAUACUCUCAGAAAAAGAGUUUGACCCUUCUCAAUUGUUUCUAUCUAAACCCUGCUAAAGACUCGAUACGAUAGCAUAUCAUUAUCAGAGCUAAACAGUAGUUAUAUUGUUUUUAUUAUCUUGUAAAAUUGUACAUUUUCUCUACAAAAGUACCU